CCACCUCCUGUUGCAGCUAUAAAAGUGUUGGACGGUCAAACUCUGGUGGGAUUCACUCACAGAGCUCUCAUUAAAGGUGAACUGUGAGAACCUGCAGUCUUCAAACCAAUUCUUCUCCAGAAAAGGACGACAAAAACAGCACCAUGCGCGAAUGUAUUUCCAUCCACGUUGGCCAGGCUGGUGUCCAGAUGGGCAACACCUGCUGGGAGCUGUACUGCCUGGAGCACGGCAUCCAGCCCGACGGACACAUGCCCAGCGACAAGCCCAGCACCGGCUACGACGACUCCUUCACCACCUUCUUCAGCGAGACCGGCACCGGGAAGUACGUCCCCAGAGCCAUCUUUGUGGACCUGGAGCCCAACGUUAUAGAUGAGGUCCGGACAGGAACGUACCGGCAGCUUUUCCAUCCCGAGCAGCUGAUCUCUGGGAAGGAAGAUGCCGCCAACAACUACGCCCGCGGCCACUACACCAUCGGAAAGGAGCACAUCGACUCUGUUCUCGACAGGAUCCGCAAACUGUCUGACCAGUGCACCGGACUCCAAGGUUUCCUGGUCUUCCACUCCUUCGGAGGAGGAACCGGCUCAGGCUUCACCUCCCUGCUGAUGGAGCGUCUCUCUGUGGACUUUGGCAAGAAGGCCAAGCUAGAGUUUGCCAUCUACCCAGCUCCUCAGGUGUCCACGGCAGUUGUGGAGCCCUACAACUCCAUCCUGACCACCCACACCACCCUGGAGCACUCCGACUGUGCCUUCAUGGUGGACAACGAGGCCAUCUAUGACAUCUGCCGCAGGAACCUGGACAUCGAGCGUCCGACUUACACCAACCUGAACCGCCUCAUCAGCCAGAUCGUGUCCUCCAUCACCGCCUCCCUGCGCUUUGAUGGAGCCCUGAAUGUUGACCUGACAGAGUUCCAGACCAACCUGGUGCCCUACCCUCGUAUCCACUUCCCUCUGGCCACCUACGCCCCGGUUAUCUCCGCAGAGAAGGCCUACCAUGAGCAGCUCACCGUGGCCGAGAUCACCAACUCCUGCUUUGAGCCGUCAAAUCAGAUGGUCAAGUGUGACCCUCGUCAUGGCAAAUACAUGGCUUGUUGUCUGCUGUACCGAGGAGAUGUGGUGCCCAAAGAAGUCAACGUGGCCAUCGGCAACAUCAAGACCAAGCGCUCCAUCCAGUUUGUGGACUGGUGUCCCACAGGCUUCAAGGUGGGCAUCAACUACCAGCCUCCCACUGCGGUUCCUGGAGGAGACCUGGCCAAGGUGCAGAGGGCCGUGUGCAUGCUGAGCAACACCACCGCUAUCGCCGAGGCCUGGGCCCGACUGGACCACAAGUUCGACCUGAUGUACGCCAAGAGGGCCUUCGUCCACUGGUAUGUUGGAGAGGGGAUGGAGGAGGGAGAGUUCUCAGAGGCCAGGGAGGACAUGGCCGCCCUGGAGAAGGACUACGAGGAGGUCGGCAUAGACUCAUUUGAAGAGGAUGAAGAAGGGGAGGAGUAUUGAAAACGUCUCUCAUUGAUUUAAAGGUCAUCGAUACAAAUCUUCUGUUGUGCUGACCAGCAGCACUUUGUCCGAGAUCAAUCUCAUGGUGUUUGGUUUUAUUGAAAUAUGACUCUCGAAUCAGAGAGAACGUGUAUCUUCUUUUCUAAUAAAGCCGUUUACACCUUC